UCUUGGGUCGAGUACUCUGUGAAGUCGCACUCUUCUGAGCAAAUGCGCUGCACUACUGCAAGCAGGAGCCCGUUCCCCAAGUGAGAAGUGAACAGUCCAGGUUUGGCCAAGAAAAGUUCCUCACAUCAAAAUUUUUUUAAAGUCAUAGUUGUAAGAUCCGGUGUGGUGUGGUGGACUACCAUCGGCUGACAUCAUGUCUAAAGGGACUGUGGUUCUGGCCUACAGCGGGGGACUGGACACUUCCUGCAUUCUGGUGUGGCUCAAGGAGCAGGGCUAUGACGUCAUCGCUUACCUGGCGAAUAUCGGACAGGAUGAGGACUUCGAAGCCGCUCGCAAGAAGGCAGAGAGUCUCGGCGCCAAAAAGGUGUUCAUCGAGGACCUGCGGGCGGAGUUUGUGGAGGAGUACAUCUGGCCCUCGGUCCAGGCCAGCGCCAUUUACGAGGACCGCUACCUGCUGGGGACCUCCAUCGCCCGGCCGUGCAUCGCCCGGCGCCAGGUGCAGAUCGCCUGCCAGGAAGGGGCGCAGUUCGUCUCCCACGGCGCCACUGGGAAGGGAAACGAUCAGAUUCGAUUUGAACUCACGUGUUACGCCCUUUACCCUGAAGUGCAGAUCAUUGCACCAUGGCGAAUCCCCGAGUUCUACAAUCGCUUCAAAGGACGAAAGGACCUGAUGGAGUAUGCACAGGAAAAGGGGAUCCCUGUGCCCGUGUCCCCCAAAGCGCCCUGGAGCAUGGAUGCCAACCUCAUGCACAUCAGCUAUGAGUCUGGAAUUCUGGAAAACCCUAAGAUUCACGGCCCCUCUGACCUCUACCUGAUGACCAAGAACCCUGAGGAUGCUCCCAACGCCCCAGAUGUGCUGGAGAUCGAGUUCAGUAAAGGGGUGCCAGUCAAAGUGACUGAUCUGAAGGAGGGCCAGUCCUGGAACACGCCCCUGCAGAUCUUCUCCUACCUGAACAAGAUUGGGGGGAAGCACGGCAUUGGCAGGAUUGACAUCGUGGAGAAUCGCUUCAUUGGCAUGAAGUCCCGGGGUAUCUAUGAGACUCCAGGGGGCACCAUCCUGCACCACGCCCACCUGGACAUAGAGACCUUCACCAUGGACAGAGAGGUCCGCCGGAUCAAGCAGGGCCUGGGAGUCAAGUUCUCUGAACUCAUUUACUGCGGGUUCUGGUACAGCCCGGAAUGUGCCUUUCUCCGCCACUGCAUCCAGAAGUCCCAGGAGAACGUGGAGGGCAAGGUGCAGCUGUCCAUCUUCAAGGGCCAGGUGUACGUCCUGGGGCGCGAGUCGCCAAGGUCGCUCUACAACCAGGAGCUUGUCAGCAUGGACGUGCAGGGAGACUACGACCCCUGUGAUGCGUCGGGAUUCAUCAGGGUCAAUGCCGUGAGGCUGAAGGAGUUCCACCGCCUGCAGGGUGAUCCGCAGCCCAAAAAUUAAGAGGGCGAGCUGGGGACCCCGCCAGACCCCACAUUAUCUGCCUGUAAUGUAGGUUUGGGGGUCACUGGUUGCCCGUGUAACGUGCCCCCCCCCCCCCCCGCCAAAGAGGAAUGACCUCUGGUGGCCGGUGGCUUGGCUCA